AUGAUAGAAAUUGAAUAAAUUGUAGAUCUUAUAUCCCAAAAUUUUGAUAAGAAAAAUGUAACUUUACAAAUUUAUAGUAGGAAUAAGAUUUUAUCAUGGAUAUCUUUAUUUUAGGCAGUGUAUUUAAAUAAAAUAAGAUUGAAAAUUAUGAAUUUUUUUAAUACUUUUUGAAUUAAAUAUUGAAUGUAAGAUAGCAAGUGAAUCUUUAAAUCAUUAGUAACAAUAGAAUAAAAAAACUAUACAACGAAUAUUAUAAUAGCAAUGAAGAUGUAAAAAUACAAAUAAUAUUCUAAUUAUUAGAUUAUUUAAUUGUACUAGCAAUUGGAAAUGGAAAUAUAUGAUGAACCAUCCAAGAUCAAAGUUAAAUAAAUGGAAAAAGACGGAAAACAAAAUAAUAUUUUACAAAAUUUUUAAUAGAAUUAGAUAGAUUUUAAUCUGAAAUAAAAAAGCAUAAAAAAACAAAAUGAUAAAGUUAAAGAUCUUCUAUUAGAAAGUAAUUAAUUAGGAUUCAAGGAGCACAAGUAAAAUUCAUUUUUAUAGAACUAGAAAUUAGGCUGAAGAAUAAUAAGAUCAAAUAGUAUGUUGAAACGCAUAAUGACGAAGUAUUUGCUACAUUUAUUCUAGUAUUCAUGGUGUCCAACUCCAGAUUGUUAAUACGUAUUUAUUGCUGGAGAUAUUUAUUUUAGUUGUCCAGUUUGUUUGAAAACAUAUUGUUUAAGUUGUAAGACAGAAUAUCAUCAUAAUUUGACAUGCGCAGAAUAUUUGAAAAAUUAAAAACAAUAAGAACUCGAUGCUGUAUAUCAAUAAAAUUAAUUUACUAAUAAUUUAAACAAACUACAAUAGAACUAGUAAUAAAUGAUAUCCUUUCAAAAUCCAUAAUUUCCUAACCUAUAAAACUAAUUUUAAAAUUUAGCAACUGAAAAAAACUAAUUUAUAAAAUCAAAUAAUUAUCCAAAUUUUCAUUUGAAUUCUUAUACAAAUUAGUAUAUUCCUCCUUAACAAUAAUUAUAAUUCGUGAAUUUUUAACCUUUGUAACCAGCUUUAUAAAAUCCAAUUGAAAAAUAAUAAUAAUUUGUGAAUUUUUAACCUUUGUAACCAGCUUUAUAAAAUCCAAUUGAAAAAUAAUAAUAAUUCAUGAAUUAUUAAUUUUUUGGCUCAACAGAUUUACAAUAAGUAUAACUUCCUCCAUUGAAUUAUAACAUUCUUUUAUCAGAAAAAAACAAAUAUUCAUAUUUUAAUUAAUAAAACCAUAUAGAGACCAAGAAUAAUGGGCUGAAUUAAUAAUAAUUAGAUGACAAGUUUUUAAAUUUAAUGAUGAUAUCAAAAUAUAAAUAAUGCCCUUAAUGUAAAACUUGGGUUGAGAAGAUAUCAGGAUGCGAUCAUAUGACUUGCAGGUGCAAAUUUUAAUUUUGUUAUGCUUGUGGAGGAAUCUAUUAAAAAUGUGCAUGCCUUAAAAGCAGAAAUUAACCAUAGAUUUGA